GGCUAUAACUCCGCGCACCGGCCCGCCGCGGCGCAGCGCAGCGCAGCUCUGCACCGGUCGGCGCCGCGCCGCACCUCUCCUCCUGCCGCUGCGAGCCGCGGACCUGCCGUGCCUUCAGGCUUGCACCAUCUCGCCGAGCGAAGGCUGCGUUACCGAGGCCAGCGAGAGAGAAAGAGAGAGAGGGGUAGUGCAAGGAGGCAGGCAGGCAGGCAGGCAGGCAGUCGCGGCGCACGGGCAGUUAGGAAGCGAGAAUAAAGUCAGGCGGACAAAACAGCGUCUGCCCUCCUGCUCCGCAGAAGUGGGGAGGCACCUCGGGAGCAACAUGACGGCGUGGCUGAGCUUCCUCGUCGUGUUCCUCUGCAGCUGGAGCCUGCGGGACUUGGUGGUGGAGGCUUGCACUUGCGUCCCCAUCCACCCGCAGGACGCUUUCUGCAACUCCGACAUCGUGAUUCGAGCUAAAGUUGUCGGGAAGAAGCUCAUGAAAGAUGGACCAUUUGGAACAAUGCGGUACACAGUCAAGCAGAUGAAGAUGUACAGGGGCUUCCAGAUAAUGCCGCACGUUCAGUACAUCUACACAGAAGCCUCUGAGAGUCUUUGUGGAGUCAAGCUGGAGGUCAACAAGUACCAAUAUCUGAUUACAGGCCGUGUGUAUGAAGGGAAGGUUUACACUGGCCUGUGCAACUGGUAUGAGAAAUGGGAUCGGCUGACUCUGUCCCAGCGUAAAGGACUGAAUCAUCGUUAUCAUCUGGGCUGUGGAUGCAAGAUUAGGCCCUGCUACUAUUUGCCCUGCUUUGCCACCUCCAAGAAUGAGUGUAUUUGGACAGACAUGCUCUCCAACUUCGGCCACUCAGGAUACCAAGCAAAGCACUAUGCCUGCAUCCAGAGGGUGGAAGGUUACUGCAGCUGGUAUAGAGGAUGGGCGCCUCCAGAUAAAACGAUAAUCAAUGCCACAGAUCCCUGAGCACGCUAUCCCUUCCUUAUCUCCCCUCUCCCUUACUUGUGGCUGAUCUUCCUUUGGACACUAACUCUUACCAGAUCAUGAUGAUGACAAUGAAAUUAGUGCCUGUUUUCAUGCAAAUGUUAGCACUUCGAACACUUAAAAAAAAAAAAAAAAAACCAAACAAAAAAAAAAGGAAAAAAGGAAAGAAAAGAAAAAAAGUCUGUGCUACCUUACUGAAUUUGUAAUCACCUUUUCCAUUUUUUGAUACCACUCAUUUUGAUCAGAUGACAUUUGGGAGCUUACUUUUGCACACCAGAGGGAAAAAUGGGAGGGGGGGGGAAAAAAAGAAAAAAGAUGGAGCUCUUGCUCUCUUACAUGUAUCAUUAGCUGUAGCAAUAUAAUCUCUAUUUUUUUAGGAAAACAAAAAUCUAAAAACUAUGCCAAUUAGGCACUGUAUUCUUCUUACAUGCUGGCUUCCCAUCACCCCUCCUCAUGCACUAUGUGCUGAAAAUAUGUAGACAAAUCUAUUUGAAGGAAAACAGGUUUUAUUAAUCAGAUUGGCAAAUGAAACAAACUGAAAAGAAACCCAGCCUAAACUCUGGAAAAAAUGACAUCCAAAAGAAAUCCUCCUCAUGGGAGAGAUUGGCAAUGUGAUUGACUCCAGCAGUGGGAGAAUCCACCUGGUGUGUCUGACCACAUCAUCUGGUAAAAGCAUUGUUGACUGAUUGUCCUAGCUAAUUCAGUCAGCGUGAAUGCAACAGCACAUUUGAAGUUCUGGCUUUCCCCAGAGCAAGAGAGAGUAUUUUGUAUUUUUGUUGUUGGUUAAAAAACAAAAGCCCCAUCUCCUAUGUUUUAAGGAGGUAAAUCCACCUACAGCAGAGCAGAUGAAGUGCUGUGCCAUCCUGUUUUGAGCAGCAUGGGCCCCUGAAAUUUUUGCAGCUUAGCUUCAACAGCAAAAGCAGCUUGUGAACACCUUAAACCAAACAGAUAGAAAAAUACCAACUAUAAUCAAAGACCUGACUAUAUCAAUCACAUGGAAGAGGGAAAGGGGAGACUUGCUAGAGCUCUUAGUAUAUAUUAAAAAAAAAAUCUAUUGCCAAAAUAGUGUUUUGCUGAACUAAGAUGUAUAUACACAUAAUGACAUAAGCUAUUUUUGACAGGAUGUGGAAUUUUUUGGUGUUAUAAACGAAAGAAUGGUUUGAUUGCAUUUUAAAGACAGAAAUAUUGACAUUCCAAGUCAGUGAGGUGUUUUUUAAGAUAUUGAAGCUCCAGUGUAUCUGCAGUAGUGGCUACAGUCAUUGUUUCCUCUGUAUCUCCUUGCAACACGGUUCCUCCCCUGCAGCUACACUAGCUGCAUUUGUUUAUAUAGUGAAAGGAAGUGUGUGUGGGGGCUAGGCAAGGAAAAGUGGUCUCCUAAUAAGUGCUGGCUGGAAUCAUAAAGUUUCAGCUGUCCAGAGGUUUCCUUCUGUGUCAAGUGCUGUGUUUCUUUCUAGGCACUGUUAAAUGUAGCUCUGUGCACAUGCUCAUACCAUGUCCUGCAGUGAUGUGGGAGGAGGAGCCUUACUGUCUUGUGCUUUGCUGUUGACUGGAGAAGUUUUUUUCGUUCUAUUUUGUUUUUUAUUAAGAAAACUAUAAUAUAAUUUUUUCUUAUCAAAUAAAAGUAUUUUAAGUUUUAAUGAUGGUGAAGAAGGGGUGCUGACAAAAUGGGUGACUGAGUUGUGGAUGGGGAGGGCUUGGGCAGGGAGAAGAUUAUGCUUAACUUCAUUUUUGUAUUAUUAUGAUUAUUUAUCUUAAGUUUCCAUGUAUCUUCAGUUCAUUCCACUUAGAAAGCAGAGCUGCCAUCAGCAGGAAAAAGUAUUGCAGUGAUUCCAGCUAGGGGCGAUAACAGCAUUUUAUAGUCAGUGACCUCAAUUACUAAAGAGUUGUUUGGGACCUCUUUGCUAAAUGGAAAGGAAAGGGUGUCUGAGAUGGGCCCUGAUACUUCAUGUUCCUUGUGUGUGACCAGAGCUCUGCCAGACAUACAUCCCCUGAAAUGCCCCAUUUACUAGAUGAAUUGUUGGAGCAAAAAUCAUGUAGAUUAAUUUUUAACAUGAUCUUUAAAGGGCAUUUUAAAGAGUUGAUGUAAGAGGUGCCUUGGUCUGCUGUGUGUUUUUUGGUUUGGUGGUUUGUUUUUUGUUUUUUUUUUUUUUUUUCAGCUGCUCUGAGUGGCAACGCAGCACAAAACACAUUGAAAGCCUGUUGGAUUUUCCUGUGGUUCAGGCUUGGAACACUUCUCAGAAGUUCUCUUCCCUGUGACUACUCCUAAAUUAUGGGUCGGAGAUGAGAGGGAGAGUAGGGUGCUUCACAGCACCCAUCAUAGGAUCAGGUGGAGGGUCAAGAUAUUGCCCCUUUUGGCAGAGUACAGGGUUGGGCUUUGGGCGCAGUGGAGCAAUCUCUGUUCUAGCUGUACACAGCUGACAAACUCUCUGAGGGUCACUGAGGGCGGAGCGGAGCCGGCCUCACCACCCUCACUGUUUGCAUCGUGUGAAGUCGGCACUGCUGGAGAUGGCCCUUCUCAAGCUCAAGGCAAAUUUGCAAAGCUGAUACGUCUUUGAGCUGCAGCCACUUUUCACGGCUUUGGAAGGCUAAAUGAAAAUGCCCCUCAGUACAGUGAACUGUUGAUUUGAAUUUCCAUUAAAUUGCAGCUCUGCAUAUUUUACCUGUCACUGAUUCAUUAGCUAGCUGAGACAUCACAGUAUUGCACUCAAAUUAUUGUGAAAAUAUUUGCAUUCUAAUACUCUUGAGGACUUACGUCCCUAAGUAGGAUAUAAUGUAGCUAUGUGCUUUGUAAACAACAAAACAGCAGAUGCAUUACCAGAAAAUUAAGUGUAUUCCCUUUCUAUAUUGCAGAUGGUAAAAUAUUUCUGAGAUGCAGACAGACAGACUGGCAGGGGUAGGGUUUUGAUAGCAAAUCUUUUCCCCUUGCUGUGUAAAGAAACACUUACUAAGGCUUUUAAAGAUGUGGAGCCAAAAGGAGGGGGAAGAAUCCAGUAAAAAUACAUUUCUUUUGGGAGGCUUCUUAAUUGUGUUUCUGUGUAUGCUAUCAGGGACAUGUAUUUCUUGGGCUAAGCUUCAGCUUGUGCUUGCAUAAAGAACCUGACUGAAGACUCCCUUGAAGUGGGAAGGAGCCGUCAAAUAUAUUGAACAGGCUCUAAAUCAGACUCAAAGACUUCUUAUUUUCUGUCUGCUCCCUUUUAUUCUGUCUUGCUAAACCGCUUCUGCGUGCCUAUGGACAAAACUCCGUCCCUCAUUACCGCAGGCUGUUCAACGUGUGGGAAUGCCAGGCAUGGCGAUGUGAGGAGGCAGGUGUGAAGUUCUUCCCAGAAUCUUAGGCUGUGGAGCAUACAGUGCCUUGCAGCAGCACAUAAAUCUUCCUACCACCUCUGACAUGCUCCUCACUUCACCCCACAAUCUAAGACCAGAGGAACUGUCAAUGGCACAGCUGAUGUGAGCAUGACCUUUGGACAUGUACAAGAUGAGACUUCCCCUCACCUCCCCUAUGCUUUAGGUAUACCAACGUUAUUAAAAGUACUUUUAAAAAGUGCACAGCUCAUUUCUAAACUGUUGCUGUUCACUUUCUUAUUUAUAGAUGUUCUUCCUUAUUUGCUUGAGAGCAUUUUUCCCUGUGAAAUUACAAAAAAUACGAAAAAUAUAUUGAAGGUUUAGGAAAGAUUGGAUUUGAUUUUCCUUUUCAAAAAUGUUACAUGGCCUUUUAGGUAGGGCCAUUCUAAAACCUAAAUACAUUACUGUAUCCCAUUCAUAUUUAGUCAGAGUGAAAUGGUACUUCACAGUGAUGAAAAACACACUGUUGUGUUUUUUACAGUAAAGACUGUUUGAAGUGAAGUCCUCCGUGGGAAGAAGUUUUCAUUCUUUCAGAUGGAUCUGAAAAUUUAUCUCACAAUGUAUUUUAUAGCUUAGAAGGGCAGAACAAAAUUGGGGCACUGCAAAAAUUUUUUGUCUUUUUUAGAAUAAGUGGCUUUUGGGGCUACCAGUCUUGAGAAAAAUCCACUAAACAUUUGCUGCUGCUUUGCCUGUACUGGCUUCUCCUUUUCUGACACUGUCCUUCCUUUGUAGACCCACUCUGCUGUUCCUGAUAGUCAUGGAAACCUGGGGAGGGAACCAGACCCGUGUGAAAAAUCUUAUCCAGAAGGAAUGUAUUUGUUGCUAAAUUUUCUAGCACUGUUUACAGUUUUCCUCCAUGUUAUUUAUAAAUUUUAUAUUCAGUGAAUGUAUAUUGUCUUUUAAGGUAAUGUUGCAUAAUGUUCACUUUUUAUAGUGUCCUUUUAUUCUAAACAGUAAAGUGGUUUUAUUUCUA